GUCGCGUGCAAAGUCGCGAAUGACUUACUGGACAAUCAUUUGGGGGGCGGCUUUCGCUGCCGUGUUGGCGGCGUGGGCGCGUCGCGGGCUUCGAAAUUACGCCCGCGUGGCGGCUCUUGCGUUUAGAAUGCCGGGCCCGAAGGUUACGCCCCUUUUUGGUAAUAUUUUAUUAAUUAAAGACGACCGGGGGCUGGAAGACGUGGGCACUACAGCAUACCAAAACUACGGGCCGAUAUUCCGAUGUUGGCUCUUCUUUGUGCCUGCUUUUUUCGUCUACGAGCCGGAACAUCUGAAAAUACUGUUCAGCCACUCGAAGUUGAGCGAGAAAAAUUUUCCGUAUUCCGUGAUGCACACAUUUUUAGGGGACGGUCUCGUCACGAGCACCGGCGCGAAAUGGAGAAUGCAUCGGCGUCUCAUCCAGCCGUAUUUCCACGUCAACGUGUUAGAAAACUACGUCGACACGUUCGCCGAGUAUUCGGACGGCAUGGUCAAAGCGUUGGCUGGCAAAAAAUACGUCGAAAUCACGCGCGUCGUCAACGACUGCGUGCUGCGAGUUCUGCACAAGACCGUUUUGGGAGUGACUUUGGGUUUGGACCGAAACUCGACCCCGUUCCGAAGGGGCGAGUUGCUGCUGAUCAAGCGUUUGCUGAGGCCGUGGUUGCUUGUAGACUUGAUUUUCAGACGCUCGCAGCUGUCGACGACAGAAUCGAGACAAAAGAGCGACCUCCACGCCUAUACGAAAGAAAUCCUGCGAGCGAGGACGGGAGGCGGUGGCGGCGUCUGUCUCCUCGACAUGCUCGCGGAUUUAGCUCGCGGCCGCGCCAAUUUCGACGAAAACGACGUCGUCAACGAGGCCGUCACUUUCAUGCUGACGGGUCAGGACUCGGUGGGGGCCGCGGUGGCAUUCUGUUUGCAUUUCCUCGCUGCAAACGAGCAUGAACAGAGCAGGGCGCGCGCAGAAAUCGACGACAUUUUCGGCGCAGACUCCACGCCAACAUUUAAGAUGGCGCAGCUCAAUGAGAUGCACUACCUGGAGCAGUGCGUCAAGGAGUCGCUAAGGCUGGCUCCCAGCGUUCCUAUAGUGUCGCGCGUUUUGAAACGCGACGUCCACCUGGAGGGGUACACCAUUCCGCGAGGCGCCAACGUCUUCGUGUCUCCUUUCAUUACCCACAGGCUACCCCAAUACUACCCGGACCCGCUCAAGUUCGAUCCGGAUCGGUUUUCACCGGAAAACUCCGGGAAAAUGCACCCCUACGCGUUCCUGCCGUUCAGCGCGGGUCCCCGGAACUGCAUCGGGUCAAAGUUCGCCAUUUUGGAAAUGAAGACGAUAAUCGCGGCGGUGCUGAAGAACUACCGGAUAGGGCUGAUGCCGGGCCGCGAGCGGCUUCAGCUUGGCUACAGGGUCACUCUGAGGGCGAGAAACGGUAUAUGGUUGGAAGUCUGGCCCCGAUCAGAGUGUUGAAUGAACUUUUGAAAAUGUCGUAAAAUAAAGUGACGUCACGU